AAGCAUCCCUGUCUGCGUGACCCAGGGUCUGAGAAAGGAUGGUACUCUUGGUUUCACAGCCUGACAUUUAAGCUUGGAAACUAUCGGCAAAAGUUAAGUGCAGCAGGAUGCCCUGAAGUUAUUAUAAAUAAAAGAAAAAACAGGAGGUUCAAAGGGAAAAUCUGUCAAGAAGUCAAAGAAGGGUGAGGUAAACUACUGUCCUGAUCCACCUGAAGGACAGAAUCCUGAAAGAAUGGAAGAGAAGCGCAAGAUAAUGGAGACUGAAAUGCAGAAGAAAGACCCUGACCACCAGCUGCUAGAGGAUCUGAUGGUUGCUACAUUUUACAAGCGUAGAAAAGAGAUCAUUGGAGAUGAACCACACAUCACAGAGCUAAUUUCCCGAUGGCCAGCUCUGUUUCAAGAGAAACAGAUUAGGGCAGAAUUUAAGAGGAUCGUUACCGCAGACCUUCUGGUAUCCUUUCUUGACGGACUUGAUGGCCUGGUCCCAAGACUCCUGGAGAUGUACAAAACGGCAACAAAGUCUGGGAAGAAGCAGUCACUCAAAGACAUUCUGGACUGCCUUGAGAAAGAUGACACAAACGAGAGGAGAAGGGCUGCUGCUCUGCUUGGUCUGCCACACUACAUAUCAGGAGAAGAUCCAUCAGAUGUCAUCAGGAUGUGUGAUGCUCAUGUUGAGACUCUGGAUGAAGCCAUGAAAGGGAUGCAGCUUGGCCUUCUGAUAGGCUGUGAAGGUGGGAAACAGGGUGCCAUUCCACAUGAGGUCUUCGAUGUGGCAGUUGUGGUGGAGGAGACCAUCGUGCUUCACAACGUUAAGGAUGUGGCACAGAGCUUUGCCAUGCUUAUGGGUGUCAUCUACUGUGUCAAUCUCAAGUAUCCAGAUGCCAUGAAGUACUCCUUUGAGUUUAUUCAGAGAGUGGUGAUGAAGAUAAAACCAGACCAGGCCUCGGCUCGAGUACACGGCUUGAGAAACAGAAUCCUGAGGUAUAAACUAUAAAGACCUGUGAGAAUGUUGUUCACUGUUCUUUUUUUCAUGCACAAUAACUUUCAGUAUUGUGCUGCUGAACUAUUGUUCUGUGAUGAAACGUCACACCCAGGAUUUUCAGUUUAAGAUUGGUGUAAAGAUCUUCUUCCACUUCAUUGUAUUUGAAUGAUUUAUGAAAAAUGAUGGUCUUUACUGGUCAAAGACUAUAGUGAUGUUAAAUUGCAGGGAAAUUUAAGGUGGGACAGAAGGUUUGAAAGUUCAGACAAUAACUAGCCUCAGAAAAUGUUCUUUGCAGUUGAGUGGGGUAUGAAAAUUGAAAAUUUGUGAAUUUUCUUUCCCAGUCAAAAUUCUGUAAAAUAGGACACUUUGUUGUUGUUUUUUUGUUUUUUUUACUUAAAUUCCGGAUUUUAAGCAGAUGCUACCCAUAUUCACUUUGUAAGGCCAGUUUAGAAGUCAUGGUCUCAACAUCUAUUUGCUUUAGGCAGACUUGUUUUAUCUUGCGUCACUGAGUUUACGCAGCUUCAUACGCCUCUGUUUAAAGAGCUGUUUGUGGUUAGACUCUCUUAUCUAAUGAGCUUUGUUACCACAAUUUGUGAAAAUAAAUGUUUAAAAACAUUAGAGUUCUAAGUGCAUUCAGUGUUGUCUUUCAGGAAAUUGGUGAACUUGCCAUUAUUAAUUAACAUAAGGGAUAAU